AUGCGUGCAGAGCUCAUGCUGGCGGUAGGCAUGAAGGAGACGUGCGGAAUUUUUUUGGAGAAGCAGCUGGAAAGGCACUACGGAAUUUCUUCUCCCAUUAGUUUGGCACCACCAAGGGAAAUAGAUUAUAUCUAUUCACAGAAAUUGAUUGAAGCCCUGAAGCCUUUUGGUGUAUUUGAAGAGGAAGAAGAGCUGAAUUGCAGGUUAGCUGUUCUUGACAAACUAAAUAACUUGGUUAAAGACUGGAUUGCAGAAGUUGCUGAAAAUAAGAAUUUGCCAUCUUCAAUCUCAUCCAGAACUGGUGGCAAAAUAUUCACAUUUGGUUCCUAUCGUCUUGGAGUCCACACCAAAGGUGCUGACAUAGAUGCGCUCUGUGUAGCCCCUAGACACAUAGAAAGAUCGGACUUCUUCCAGUCGUUUUUUGAAAAGUUAAAGCUCCAAAAUGGCAUCAGAAAUCUGAGAGCAGUUGAAGAUGCAUAUGUACCAGUAAUCAAGUUUGAAUUUGAUGGUAUUGAGAUUGAUCUUGUCUUUGCAAGACUACCCCUGCCAAGCCUUUCAGAUAGCCUGGACCUUAGGGAUGAUGCCCAUUUGAGAAGCCUUGAUAUCAGAUGCAUUCGGAGUUUAAAUGGUUGCAGAGUCACUGAUGAAAUACUUCAUUUGGUACCAAACAAGGAGAACUUCAGGCUGACACUCAGAGCAAUUAAACUGUGGGCUAAGCGGCGUGGAAUUUAUUCCAACAUGCUGGGAUUCCUUGGUGGUGUUUCUUGGGCCAUGCUCGUGGCAAGGACCUGUCAGCUGUACCCAAACGCUUUGGCAUCAACACUUGUUCACAGAUUCUUCUUAAUUUUUUCAAAGUGGGAAUGGCCCAAUCCUGUCUUGCUGAAACAACCUGAAGAAAGCAAUCUUAACUUGCCUGUCUGGGACCCCAGGGUAAAUCCAGCUGACCGGUAUCAUCUGAUGCCCAUUAUCACUCCAGCCUAUCCACAGCAGAACUCCACAUAUAAUGUGUCCACAUCAACCCGAGCAAUCAUGGUGGAAGAAUUCAAAUAUGGUCUCAUGGUUACAGAUGAAAUUCUUCAAGGAAAAUCGGAUUGGUCAAAGCUGCUUGAGCCACCCAACUUUUUUCAAAAGUAUAAACACUAUAUUGUAUUGACUGCUGUUUCUUCAACUGAAGAACAUCAUUUGGAAUGGAUUGGCUUGGUGGAGUCUAAAAUCCGUGUGCUUGUUGGACACUUGGAGAGAAAUGAAUUUAUUACUCUUGCCCAUGUAAAUCCUCAAUCCUUCAGUGGGAACAGGGAUCAGUACAAAGAAAGUGAUUAUGUGUCAAUAUGGUUUCUGGGAAUAAUUUUCAAGAAACUGGAGAAUGCAGAGAGUGUAAGCAUUGACUUAACCUAUGAUAUCCAGUCAUUCACAGAUACAGUUUAUAGGCAGGCAAACAAUAUCAACAUGUUGAAAGAAGGCAUGAAGAUUGAAGCUACUCAUGUGAGGAAGAAACAACUCCACUUUUAUUUGCCAGCAGAUGUCUUACAGAAGAGGAAAAAGAGCGUGCCUGAUCUUGGUGGACAUGCUUGUGGGGUCAUGUUGAAAAAGACAAUGGAAAAUAAUAGUGGUUUGGACACUUACAGCAGUGCAGAAGUUACCACACAGUGCAAUACUGUUCCCUCAUUCAACAACGUGGUGGAAUAUUGCUGUAAAUCUUUUUCAAAAGGGAUAGAAAGUUUUCAUUUGCAGAGGCUUUCUAGUAAAGAAUUGCCAGAUUCAUCUUCUCCAAUUCCAGCAAGUAGUAUGGUUCGUGUUGUUAAAAACUCCAUCAGACUAACUCUUAAUCGAUAG